AUUUAUUACUUUUAGAUGAUUUGAUAGGAACCAAAAUAGGAAAUUGUCGGACAACCAUGCGGUAGUGUUAUGGUACGAUUAUAGGUAAGUUACUUGUUCAUGAUUCCAGACAAAUGCUUUGUGCAGCGCCGUGUGGGCGCACUGCGUACAUAAUUGAUAGUGUAAUCUUUUUUAAUUUACUUUAUAAAUAUAAAUAUAUAUAUAUAUUUAUAUAUUUACAAAAAAAGAUUAUCAAUUUAAAUGAUAUUCUUUUUAUAAUACCAAUGAUCGCGCAAAAACUUGUGUUCACAAGUUUUUACUCUAUUUAGAAUUCCUUCUAACCUAAUCAAACUUUAUCAUUUUUUUUUUUGCGGAAUCUUUCUCCAUAAUUACGGCUUUCUCUCAUUUUGGUUUAUUGUUUAUGUUACAUUAUCCAAUAAAAUUAUUACUUUUGCUUAUUUUUGGGUUUAUUUAUUUCUUAUUUAUUUCGUAUUUGUUCGUAUGUAAAUUAUUUUAAAUAGAUUAAUAUAGAGAUAUUUAUUAAAAACGAGGGAGAGUACAAUAUUUACCUUUCUCCACGGAAAAA